CCAAUAAGCUCUUCUCAAGCGGAUUUCAUUAGGUACCAAUUGAGAGACUGUAGCUGAUAUCUAUCGUAUUUGAGAACUUCCAUUCUAUGAGGCUCGGGAAGUCCCUUUUGAGCAGGGUGGUGGCCACAACGGCUCUCAUUGCUACGGCCGCCGCUCUCGGCAAUGCCCCCAGUCCUGACAAUCAGGCUAUUUUAAACCAUGAUGGCCCAAUGGGUUACGAGAACGCCUUUACGGUGCAAGCUGCCAAUUCCUACGAUUCCCUUGUCGACGACGAGGAAAAAUGCCCGCCAUGCUUCAACUGUAAUUUGCCCAACUUUGAUUGUACUCAAUUUUCUCAAUGUAAUGCAUUCACCGGGAUGUGUGAAUGUCGUCCUGGGUACGGUGGCAUGGACUGUUCUGAACCUUUGUGUGGUGCCUUGGGAGAUGGCAACCACAAGCGUCCGGUCAGAUCUCCUGACCUGAACCAGUGUAAGUGUACAGACGGCUGGGAGGGUAUUAACUGUAACUUGUGUACUUCGGACGCUUCCUGUGACGCAUUCAUGCCCGAGGGCAUUGAAGGAACCUGUUACAAGUCAGGGGUGUUGGUUGACCAAUUCCACCAAAUGUGUGACGUCACAAACUCCAAAAUUAUCGCCAUCUUGGAUGGUAAGAAACCUCAGGCUACUUUUAGUUGUGACCGAGCAAACCUGCUGUGUGAUUUCCAGUUUUGGAUUGACCAAAAGGAAUCCUUCUAUUGCGACUUGAACCAAUGUGACUUCAAGUACGACCUUAAGAGUAACACCACCAAUUACAAGUGUCAGGAAGUUGCAUGUAAAUGUCUUCCAGAUCGUAUGCUUUGUGGUGAAGCUGGAUCGAUUGAUAUUUCGGAAUUUCUCACUGAGACUAUUGCUGGUCCUGGUGACUUCACCUGUGACAUCAACAAGCGGAAUUGUCGUUUCUCUGAACCAAGUAUGAAUGAUUUGAUUCUGCUGGUCUUUGGAGACCCAUAUAUCACGUUACAUUGUAAGUCUGGUGAAUGUAUACACAAGAGUCAAAUCCCUGGCUAUGACUUGCCCCCCAAGAAGGCUCUCACAACGGGGAACCUUCUUCUGAUUGUUGGAGUGGCCAUUCUCUGUGUGAUUAUCGUUUGUUCUUCCAUGUACAACAUCAGCAAGUCUCCAUUGUUUAUGAGUCAUUUAGGUGAUAAUGAAGACUCAACCUCUUCUUCUGAUUUCCAUGCUCUCAAUGAAAACUUCCAACCAACUACUCUUUCCUUUGAAAACAUCACAUAUAAGGUCCCUCUGGGACAACAAGUGUUGAACAAUGCCUUUGGUAUUGUGAACCCACGUGAAUGUCUUGCCAUCAUGGGUGGUUCUGGUGCCGGUAAAACAACCUUGUUGGAUAUUUUGGCGGGUAAGAAUAAAAAUGGUAAGGUUUCUGGACAAAUACAUGUCAAUGGGAAUGUUCUUCUGAGUAAAGAUUACAAGAAAAUUAUUGGAUUUGUUGACCAAGAAGAUCAUCUUAUCCCCACGUUGACCGUUUAUGAAACUGUGUUGAACAGUGCCUUACUUCGCUUACCUCGUACCAUGCCUUUGAGAGCCAAAGAAACUAGAGUUGUGGAAGUUUUGAAUGAACUUAGAAUCUAUGGAAUUAAGGACAGAGUGAUUGGUUCAGAUUACAAGAGAGGAAUCUCCGGAGGAGAAAAGAGACGUGUUUCCAUUGCUUGUGAACUUGUUACAUCGCCCUCGAUUCUUUUCCUUGAUGAGCCAACCUCUGGGUUGGACUCCUAUAAUGCCCGUAAUGUUGUCGAAUGUUUGGUCAAGCUUUCGCGUGACUACGACAGAACCAUUGUCUUUACCAUUCAUCAACCUCGCAGUAACAUUGUUUCCUUAUUUGAUAAGCUUGUUUUACUCAGUGAGGGGGAUUUGGUUUACUCGGGUUAUAUGAUCAAAUGUAAUGAUUUCUUUGGAAGAAAUGGUUAUCAAUGUCCAUUGGGCUACAACAUUGCUGAUUAUCUUAUUGAUAUCACUGUGGACCAUAAAAAGGUGGUUAAAGUAUCUGAAGGUGAAUUUUUCGGAGUCACCGGAGAUUUAGAAGCUGGUGUAGCAGCUGCAAAUGCUGCUGAUGCUAAUACCAAUGAAGAUAUUCAUCAGGAUUUCAUUCUGGGUGCUAAUUCUUCUGAAGUUGACACUACUAGAGAAUGGGAACAUUUUGCUGUUCAUCGUGAUGAAUAUAACUACCAACAAAUCCCAGUCAAGGAUGAUUCCGGAUCCACAUAUGUACAAGUGCAAAACAAACUCCCAAGUCUCUUUCAAGAAUCCAUUCUUGCAGCAGAACUUAAGGAGGAAAUUGCAGCAGUUGUAUCUUCCCCAAGCAAACUUGAAUUCAAGAAUCAAUACCUCAAGGCUUCAUUCUUAAACCAAUUGCUCAUUCUUUCUUCGCGUACUUUCAAGAACUUGUACAGAAACCCUAAACUCUUACUCAGUCACUACAUCUUAUCAUUGGCCAUGGGAGGGUUCUGUGGGUUCUUGUAUUACAAUGUUACUAAUGAUAUUUCUGGAUUUCAAAAUAGACUUGGUUUAUUUUUAUUCGUCUUGUCAUUAUUUGGAUUUUCUUGUUUAACUGGACUUCAUUUAUUUGCUACAGAAAGAAUUAUUUUCAUCCGUGAAAGAGCAAAUAACUAUUACCACCCACUCAGUUACUAUUUGAGUAAGAUUAUAUGUGAUGUGAUCCCAUUGAGAGUGUUACCACCAGUCAUCUUGGUGAGUAUCAUGUAUCCAUUAGUUGGAUUAUCAAUGGAAAACAAUGCUUUUUUGAAAACUAUUUUAACUAUGGUUUUAUUCAACUUAUCAGUUGCAAUUGAAGUUUUGAUAAUUGGUAUUCUUAUCAGAGAACCUGGUACUGCCACCAUGGUUGCAGUAUUGGUGUUGCUUUUAUCUCUUUUGUUUGCCGGGUUGUUCAUUAACAGUGCCGAUCUUGUGGCCCUGAUUUCUUGGCUUCAAUGGAUUUCAAGUUUCCAUUAUGCAUACGAAGCGUUAGCCAUUAAUGAAAUAAAGGAUUUGAUCCUUAAGGAGAAGAAGUAUGGAUUAUCCAUUGAAGUUCCAGGUGCUGUGAUUUUGAGUUCAUUUGGCUUUAAUGUUAGUGCAUUCUGGAACGAUGUGACCUUUUUAGGUUCAUGGAUUGUGGUGUUCUUAGUUAUUGGAUAUCUAUUCUUACACUUUUUCACUAUUGAAAGACGAUAAUAAAGGAAAAAAAAAAAGUUUAUAGCAGAAAUAUAAAUAUAGAAUUGA